CAAGUGAAGUUAAUCUGAGGUGAAGCAAACAGAAAAUUGUGGAGGUUUUGUUGGAAUGAAUCUGAAGUCUGCUGCAGUAAAACACUGAAGGCUUUAAAAUGUUUUCUUGCAUAAAACUCAAACUUUAAGUAGCUGCUUAUGAGGAUAGGGAAGGCAGGAAGCUAAUGUCUGUCUCAAGAUACAGGACAGCUGUUUGCUCAUCAACCUCCACUGUGGGUUCCUGGACCACACUUUGAGAACUGCUGGUUUAGAUCGUGGACUUUGCUGUAGCCAGACUACCUGGACCAAAUCCCAGCUCCAUCACUUAUUAAUUAGCUUCAUGACAGUAAGCAGUUACCCUGAUAACACAGCCAGACAAACAUUCUAAGAAGAAAGCUACAGACCAAUAUUCCUCAAGACCAUAGGCCAAAAAAGAAAAGGUGUACACCAGAGGAACAUGGCUCAAGAAACGAAUCACAGCCAAGUGCCUAUGCUUUGUUCCACUGGCUGCGGAUUUUAUGGAAACCCUCGUACAAAUGGCAUGUGUUCGGUUUGCUACAAAGAACAUCUUCAACGACAGAAUAGUAGUAGUGGUAGAAUAAGUCCACCUGCGGCUUCUGUCGGCAGUCUGUCUGAAGCGUUACCGGCCCAGUGCACAGACGGCAGUGUCCCAGAGCCUCCGUCAGUGCUGGCCUCUACAUCUUCAUGCGUGCAGCCAAGCUCUGUAUCAAAUCAGCCACUGUUACCCGAAUCUGUAGCAUCAUCCCAGGUGGACAGUACGUCUGUGGACAAAGCAGCACCUGAAACCGAAGAUCUGCAAGCUUCAGUGUCAGACACAGCACAGCAGCCAUCUGAAGAGCAAAGCAAGUCCCUUGAAAAACCAAAACAGAAAAAGAACCGCUGUCUCAUGUGCAGAAAGAAAGUGGGGCUCACGGGGUUUGAAUGCCGCUGUGGAAAUGUUUACUGUGGUGUACACCGUUACUCAGAUGUGCAUAAUUGCUCUUACAAUUACAAAGCUGAUGCUGCUGAGAAAAUCAGAAAAGAAAAUCCAGUAGUUGUUGGUGAAAAAAUACAGAAGAUUUGAACUCCUGCUGGAAUACAAAAUCCUUUGACCAUCUGCAAACUAAAAAUUGACUUGAGGUUUUUUUUUCCUAGUCACUGGGAAUGUAGAGCAAUGUAUCUUGCAUAGACCUUUUAAUCAUGCAUGUCAUCAGAAGAAUAGAUUUUUUGUUUUGUUUUGAAAAUGACUCUGAACAUUUAUUUCCAUUGCAGUUUUGUGGCUAAAAGACUUAAACUUUACAAGUAUUAUCCUUUUAAGAUCAUUUUAAUUUUAGUUGAGUGCAGAGGGCUUUUAUAACAUGGAGAAAUUUUGGAGGGCUGUGAUUUUUCCAGUAUUAAACAUGCAUGCGUUAAUCUUACAGUUUAUUUUCUCAUUGUGUAUGUAUAUAUAGCUUUUCUCUGCAGCACGAUUUCUCUUCUGAUGAUGCCCUUUCAGGCACUACUAGUUACCAGUAACUGAAUGUAUCCUAAUCAUUACGGCUGCUUAUGUUUUUUCAUUAACAAAGGUUAUACAUAAGUUAGCAUAUAGUUUCUUUACACCCACUAUUUAUGUCUGAAUCAUCUGUCACAGGAGAGUAUGUGCUGAUCAGAUUCUAAGUUUUUGUUUUUGUUUUUUUGUUGUUGUUUUCUUUUCUUUUCUUGAGCAAGGGAAGAAAGUGCUGUGUGCAUUUCACUGCUGACUGCAGGUUUCUUUCAGAUCCCGUUCACUGGUCUGUGUACAAUAUGAAGAAUGAUCUGAAGUAAUUGUGCUGUAUUUAUGUUUAUCUACCAGUCUUUGAUUAAAUAAAAAGGAAAGCCAGGCUA